AUGUCAGCCCACGAGGAACGAGCGAAGAUUAGCAAAGUUAAGAGUUUUUUUCACGAGUGGGACUGUGGUAACACGACAGUGCGCUGCCGCAUGUUGAACGCCUUUCUGGUUCAGAGUAGCGGGAAGACCUUGGUGGAGUUGGAGCUGGAGUUUGCCCAGGCUGCCAGUCUCUUUCUGGGUCGGAUCUCCACGUGGAUGAAACUGACAUACAUGUUUGGGACAUGCUUGGGACUCCAGCUGAAAGCAGUCGGAGUUUUCCUCUCAGCAUCAAGCCAUGAUCAGUACCUCAUCGAGUUCCUGCAGGAUGGAGGUGUUCUCACCCUCCUGGACAUUUUAGGCCAGACACAGAUCAAAGAGGAGGACAAGGCAGAAGCGCUCCGCCUGCUGCUCAUUUUCUCUAAUGCUGGCCGCAGGUUCAAAGAGUUCAUCUGUGAAUGCCAUGGCAUGAGAGCCAUAGCCGAGUGCCUAUCCACUGCACGCACAGAGGAAAACCAAGAGACCGCAUGGGCCCUGCUGGAAUCCCUGUCGCAUGGGAACCCCAAAUACCAAAACCAAGUAUACAAAGGCCUGAUCGCCCUUUUGCCUUGUACUUCUCCAAGGGCACAGCAGCUGGUCCUGCAAACCCUACACACUGUGCAGUCCAAAAUGAAGUCCGCCCAUCCCAGCAUUGUAGAGCCUUUGUUGAAUAUGCUCGGGUCCCUGCGUUUGGAGGUACAGGAUGAAGCUAUUAGUCUGAUCCUGGACCUGGGGCAGCAUGAGGUGAGGCCAAUGCUGCUCAGUGGCCUGGUGGCACUGCUGAAGCCGACCAAGGAAGAAGUUCAGCAGCAUCAGCUCCUAGAAGAACCUGAGAUGACCAAGAUGACUGAAUCACUACCAGUGUUUGUCCAACAAGCUGCUGCAGCCAAAGCUGUACGGCUGCUGGCCCAGGGGAGUCAGCAGCUCUCAGAGGAGCUGCUCUCUCUCAGGCUGAUCCACCAUCUUCUGUACGCUAUGGGCAACAGGGAACACACUGAGGCCCAGAUACAGGCCAGCCUGGCCCUGAAGCAUUUUGUCAGCUCGUACUCAGGUAUUGCAGAACAUGUGCACAGGUGCAUGGGCAGUGUGCUUUUUGAAGCCUUCAUGAACACAGCUGACAAAGUGCACAUGUAUAUGGAUGAAGUCCAGGCAGAAAUCCUGCUGUCUAACAAGGUGAACAUAUUGGAAGCUCUAGAUGGCAAGAGCGCUGCAGACUGA